CAGGAGGCGCUAAUGCUGCUGAACAUUGUGCCAUAAAAUAUUAAGAAGAAGAAAAAAGCGGCAGCGUGAACUCGUGCUGUACUGUCUUACGGAAGUUUGUUCGCUGUUGAUUUUUGUUUUUGGAGGACAGAAAUGAGCGAAAUUCCAACUUCAUCGGUGUCAAAGGGAUGUUUUGUUUUUAAGUCAGCCUCUAAAAAGAGAAAGAGACAUGUGGGAGUGGGUGGAUAUUUGGUGGAUGAUAGUGACGAUAACGCCAGCGAUCGCUUUAAGAUCUGUCAGAAAUUGUGGGAAACUGUUCAAAUGAACACAGAGGUAAUACAAGAUCAGUUGAAUAAAAAGGUGCUUGACAGUCUUGCAGAGUUCAUUAAAAAGCAUGGCUUGGGCCGCUCAUCUGAUAACUGGAGACAGAGAGCCAGUGAAAUCCCCACAGCUGCUCUAAUGCUGGGGGUAAAUGUGCCGGAUCAUGCCAUGACAUUUCGAAGUCUGUGUAAUCUUCUUCAGGAUUCUGUCACACCCUUUGUGGUGUCUGUUCAUGCCAAAGAAUGUGCAGCUGUGAAGUUCUUGAUUCAGAAGGUUCUAGAGCAGCUGAUGGAAAUAGGAGUGUCUGUGGAUGAAGAACAGGAAGAUGAUACAGCUUUGCCUCAAAGGACACAGUGUACUAUAAGUGCUUUAUGUCAGUGGUACAAGACUGUUACCAAGAAAAGCACCAAAGUUUCUCCUCAAAGGAAAGAAAACUCGACAAAUAGUGACUUGCCUCAGAGUUUGCCUGUUGUCGUGAUCUUCAAAGACUUUGAGGCAUUCAACCCACAAGUUUUGCAGGAUUUUAUCCUUAUUUGCAGUCGAUACACUCAGGAGCUUCCCUUCAUCUUUAUUUUUGGCAUUGCCACGUCUCCAAGUGCUAUCCAGCACAGGCUUCCCCACUCGGUGUCAUCAUUGCUCUGCAUUGAGGUCUUUCAUUCUCUCUCAUGUACUCAGCAUUUAGCCUCUGUUUUUGAGAAGCUUAUUCUGAACUCUGAGUUCCCAUUCAAGCUCAGCAGUAGGGUGAUCCAGGUGCUGGUUGGCAUCUUCCUCUAUCAUGACUUCUCUGUUCAGAAUUUUGUUAAGGGCCUACAGUUCUCCAUGUUGGAGCACUUUAAUAGCCAGCCUCUCAGUGUGCUUUGCUGCCAAAAACAAGAGGCCUUGCUUUCUGCCAAGACAUUGAGCAAGAAAAAUGUUGAACGAAUCCGCCAUCUACCCUCUUUCAUGAGGUAUGUGGAGACUCAGGAGCCCCAGGAACAGGUGCGGCUCCUUACUGAUGAUGAACAUGUCAAGGGCGUAUGUCAUACAUUACUGAAAAACCUUCAUAAAUACCACAAGAAUUACUAUCCCAUUCUACAGUGUCUGCACUCUUUGACCUCAUCACUGCCUAAGUUUCCUCUAGGAAAGCAUAUACGAGAACUGCAUGUAUCCUGCAUUGAGAAGAAUUUGUGGGAGACAGAGGAGUAUGACUCGGCCUUGCAGCUUCUGAGGAUUCUAGCAAAGGAUGAGCUUGUUGCAGCUUUACGGAAGUGUGCUGAAAUUCUUAAAUCUGCCAAGCCAAUGCAAAAUGUUCUGCAACAAUUGGAUGAUUUCAUUGGUAGAUUGGAAGCACUGCAAAGUGUCUCUUCAGAAGAUUCCUCUGGAAAUGGGAUUGUCUCAGGAAAAAUGGAAUAUCAGAGAACAGAUCUCUUUCAGCUUCAAAAGACUCUGCUUGAAAAAGAGUCCCGAAGAACAAGGAGAAUGAAUCCAUUUGAAGUGCUUCGAAGUCAGGUGAUAGAGUUUAUUGACAGCCUUGUGAGAGAAUACUUGACUCCAGCAGAACUCCAGCCACUCAGUGAAGUGUGCUACUACAGUUCCUCUGGGGUCCUGAGGCAGCGACUCAAUGUCACCCCACGAACAUCCAUUCAAGCUGCUCUCAGUCAUCCUUUCUACUAUUUGCAGAAUGAAAGCCUGAAAACAAAUUCUGGCACAAUCUCCAGUGCUGCACCAGACCUCUGCAUUGUAUACAAGCUUCAUCUCGAGUGUGGAAGACUCAUAAAUCUAUAUGACUGGCUUGAGGCUUAUGUAACUGUGAUGUCAGCUGCUGAGGACCAAGAUACUAAUUCUGAGGAGGGCGGCAAAUAUGACAGCCUUAAGCAUGCUCGUUUCAUUCAGGCUGUUUCAGAGAUGGAGUUUCUUGGUUUUGUUAAAUCAACCAAACAGAAGACUGACCAUGUGGCAAGACUGACUUGGGGAGGUUGUUAAUGAAAUGCAAAGCACUGUUUCCUGAGCAGAAGAGACUGGUCUGACAUACAUGAAAUCAUUAUGUAUUUUGCAUCACAUGUAUUUUGUACUGUCAGCUGUAUUACAUUCUACUAUAACCCCCACCCACCCCCUCUUUUUAUUUUUUACAUUUGUUGCCAUUGUGGUUAUUUGGAAUAAAUAUAAUGCAGUGUU